CUUCCUCUCCAUAACAAGGACGACCAAUUCCGCCAAUCAUGGACAUGUACACGUCUCUCGGGCCGCGCACGCACUCACGCUCAGCGGGAUGUGGGAGCCCGUCUCGGUCCUAUACUGAACCGAAUCCCGGUUCAGGGGAACAAGAGCACGUCUUCCACCCCGGGGUAUUAGCUAUUAUAUAAAUAUGUGUAUACUUAUGAAACGGCUAAAUCUUGCCGUCCACGAGAUGAACCGCCGUCCCUGCCUCUCCGUCUCUCUCCGUCUCUCUCUCUACCUCACACUCUUUCUGCCGUGUAGUAGUUGGGGUGUCGGUUUGGUCUGGUCCUGUUAGUUACCCUCACCGAUCGCCGACGAAACUAGCCAUGCGGCCUCAUCGCCUGGUUCUACCCCUGUUGACUUUCGCCUCCUCGGUGCUUGCUGCUUUUGGCUUCACCAAGUCUGGCAGCAACUAUGACAUCGACGCCGGCUCAAGCAACUCGUUGGUCUUCACAGUCAACGGCGGCAGCUGCGAUAUCACCUCCAUCAAGUACCGCGGCACGGAGCUGCAGGACUCUCAGGGCACCCACCUGUCCUCUGGCCUGGGCACCGCCACUGUCACGGUAGAGUCCAUCACUGCCAGUUCCGUCAACUAUGUCAAGGUUACCUGCACCACGUCGACUCUGACCCAUUACACGGUGGUUAAGGAGGGGGAGAGCAAUAUUUACCUCGCCACCUUCAUCAAGGAGGAGCCGUCCGUGGGGGAACUUCGUUUUAUCGCCCGGCUGAAAUCGUCGAUAUUGUCCGAGGAGUACCCUUUCGGUAACGCAUCCACCACCGCUGGCAGUUCGUCUACCGUCGAGGGCUCCGAUGUCUUCGUUGUCAAUGGCGAGACACGGUCCAAGUUCUACUCGAGCGCUCGAUUCAUCGACAAAGAUGCGCAUUGCGUCUACGGCGGAUCCGACGUGACCCAUGUCUGCGUCUUGGCGCCGCACCCCGAGUCGUCCUCCGGUGGCCCAUUCUUCCGCGAUAUCGAAACCAACAACGCCGGGGCGGCUACAAACCUCUACUGGUAUAUGAACAGCGGUCACGUCCAGACCGAGGCUUUCCGAACCAACGUCCUUCACGGACCCUACAUUCUAACCUUUUCGCGAUCCGGCAUUCCUAAGCUCAGGGAGAGCGACACGUCCUUCUUCUCUGGACUCGGUAUCACGGGCUACGUACCGGAAUCCGGACGCGGCUACGUCUCCGGAACGGCCUCGGGGGUUUCCACGAGCUUUCAGAACGUCGUUCACUGGUUCAAUGCCGAAGCCCAGUACUGGGCGAUCGCCUCCUCCAACGGUGCCUUCACGUCGCCCGCGAUGAAGCCCGGCACCUACACCAUGAUAUUAUACCAGGGCGAGUACAAAGUCGCCAGUGCCACCGGCGUUUCCGUCACGGCCGGUAAGACUACGUCGAAGAGCAUCGCGAGCACCGAGACGACACGGAAUUCGCUAUGGAAGAUUGGCGAAUACGACGGCAAGCCGACCGGUUUCCUCAACGCCGACAAGUUCCUCCGCAUGCACCCCUCCGACUCGCGCAUGGCCGCCUGGAACGUCGUCACUUACACCAUAGGCACUUCGACCUUGAGCCAGUUCCCCAUGGCGCUCUUCAAAAACGUCAACAACCCCGUUACCAUCAAAUUCAAGCUGGCGUCCGCCCCCGGCAGCGCCACCCUCCGGAUCGCUACCACCCUUUCCUUUAACGGAGCCCGUCCGCAGGCUCAGGUGAACUCGUGGACUGGAUCGGCGCCCGCGGCGCCCCAAAAGAUCGAUAGCCGCGGCGUGACUCGCGGCGCUUACCGCGGUUAUGGGGAGGUCUACGAUGUCAGCAUCCCCUCAGGAACUCUUGUUGCCGGUGAUAACACCAUUACCAUCACUGCCAUCUCGGGCAGCAGCGGUACCACAUUCCUGAAUCCUAAUUUUAUCUUCGACGCAGUGGAGCUCUUCACAUAAGGGUCUCCUUGGCC